UGAGGUGGUGGUGCUGACACUGACACAACCGUACCGCGUACCGAGGGGGCGCGGAGGACGGUGUCGUCGUGCAUCGAUCACAUUGCAGGCCACUGGUUAUACAGAUGGGGUAUUGAGUAAGUAUAUACCUUCACUGGGCGUGCUGGGUAAACUGAUGAAGAGGAGGGCCAACGUGUACGGAGAGAUGACACAUGCCUCCAGCCCACCAUCCUCACCCUCGGCCCCUAGCCCCGACCUCCGAAACCCCUCUCUGCUUGAGGUAUGUAUGCACGGAGAGAAACUUAGUGGUAAUGUGGGCGCGCCCGUUAGUCGUUUUACCUCCCGAUUUUUAUUACAUCCCCUGGCCCAUUCCUCAUUCACUGAGUCGCCCGCCACUCACGAAUGUAUGAAUUCGGAUGAAUUUUUUCAGUGUUUGGUUCAACACAGCCUUCCCAGAUGUGUAGCUAGCACCACGAACAGAGUGCAGAUCGUAGUUCAUUACACACUCAUCGCAACACGGCAGAUAGGCUCUCCUGCAGGUUGUACUUUCUCACAAAGAGGCUGGUUGUUGGUACAUAAGUGUGUGUGUGUGUGUGUGAUGGGAGGGAGUGUGCCGACUGGUCAGGUGGUGAAGGACAAGGACCUGGAGGAGGAGAGGCAGCGCUGGGUGGAGUGGCUGGAGGACGAGGGAGUCCCUGACGAGGACAAACGAAAGGAGCUCUGCUCACGCGAUGGGAAGGGGUGGACCGUCCUACAUCACGCUGCCAGACACGGCUCCACUAAAGUCUUGAGCUGUGCUGCUGACAUCGAUGGAGUGGACAUGAAUGUGAGGACGUAUGAGGACCAGUUGUCACCCCUGCUGGUGGCCGCACGGUACAGUGUCAAGAACUCUAUUCUGGAGAUGAUGAGUCUGAGGGACAAGGUCCUCACCUCUGCCGUGUCGGCCGACGGGCAGAACGCCCUCCACCUGGUGGUUCAGAACCAGCAGUGUGGCACCAGCCUCGACGCUCUGCUGAGGCAGUUGGAUCGUAAGUUGUGGUGUGCAGAGGACAGCAGAGGGGACACACCACUCCAUGUGGCGGCCUUUCACGGGAACUGUGUGGCCCUUCAGCAGGGCUUCUUCAAGAGAGACAUCUGGCUCCUGGUAGAGAAUGAGGAGGAGGAAAAGGAGGAGGGGGAGGGAGAGCAGGAAGGGGAGGGAGAGGGAGGGUCUGAUGUUGAAGUGUCUAAAGGAGGGGCAAUCAGAAGAUGGUGCACAACAUAAGAAGGGACGAGACGAGCAUGACGAGGAGGGAGCUCCCCACGGUAGUCUCUGGGUCUACGACCAGUUGAACAGCAUGAUACUUGCCACUAACAAGCAGGGGCAGACCCCUCUCCACCUCGCUGCUCAGAACGGCCAUGACAGAGUGGUGGGAUUGCUGAUAGACAAGUGUCGGGACGUAGUCAAGGUCCGAGACGGGGAGGGGAACAUGGCGCUCCAUCUGGCCUGCCGCAGAGGUCACCUAGAGGUCGCCAAGGAGAUCCUCGAGUUGGAACCUACCACUGUCGGCACCAAAUACACGAACCGGAAGGGAGAGACUCCGGUCCACUGUGCAGCCUACAACAGUGGAGACAGUGGUCCUCUCGUCGAGUACCUCAUGGAAGUCUGUGAGAGGGUCGGCAGUAUCGACACUCACGAGAUCCUCAGCCUCCACGAGAAGGAAGCGAGGCACACUCCCCUGAUGCUGGCCUGCACCAAAGGGAGGCCGGAGGUGGUGAAGGUCCUCCUCCAGUACGGAGCCGACGUGACUCAGAGAGAGAAGGAGAUGGAGACAGCCCCUGGCCAUGAGCCAGAGGAACAGGAGACACUCAACAGUCUGGAGCUGGCCAUUGAGAACGGUCGAAGGGAGGUGGCGAAGGUGAUAAUGGACAGUGGUGAGUGGAUGAGGAGUCUGAGGACCAGCAACGUCAUUGACAGAGUGGCCAACACUCCCUUCAGGAGAAUGAUCAGGAAGAUGCCAGACCUCGCUCAAAUAGUGUUGGACAAGUGUACCCACGAGAAGAACGACCGAGAUGAUGUCGGCUUUCAAAUGUCAUUCGACUAUGAAUUUGUUGAGGAUUUUUACGUCGAGAGACCGAGUGAGGAGACCACACCCCCAACAGGUGGGAUUCGUUUCUCUGGAGGUAGGCGGGGGUCGUGGGAGGGUGUGCCACCGGGGAUGAGGAGGAGGAGGAGGGGAGAGGGGGAGGCCGGAGAGACGGCGGUAGUGGAACUGACGGACGUGACUGUAGUGGAGGAAGGAAAGGCUGAGGAGGAGGAGGAGAAAGACUAUGAAAUGAGCAGAUUGGCUCAAACUGAUGAAGAUGGAUACGUGGUCCUCACUGGCUCACCCCCACCACUGAAGGAUGAGUGGAAGCCCAGGGAGUAUGACAAGAGGAACCAUGUCCUCAGCAUUAUGGUGGACCACAAUCGCAGCGAGCUCCUGCGCCACCCUCUGGUGACCAGCCUCCUCAACCACAAGUGGAGCCAGUUUGGAGCCUGGAUCUACUUUGCCAACCUCCUCUUCUACCUCGUCUUCAUCUUCUUCCUCACCGCUUUUGGUCUCACCGUCCCCAACCCUCAGAGCAACAUCUGUGCAACUACAAGAAACAGCACAUCAUGUGACAUCUCAACAGCAAGGCGGAACUUUCUCUACCUGGCUGUGCUGGUGACCAUCCUGCUGUCAGGUGCCCGGCUGGUAGUGGAGGUGUUCCAGCUGCUCCACUGGACACAGAGCAAGAGGCGCAACAUCUGCGGGAACAGAUACAAACUCUACGUCAACUGGGAGUACUGGCUGGACUGGAGCAACUACCUGGAGAUCAUGCUCUACUCGUUCUCCGUCACGUUUGUGGUGGUGUUUGACGACUGUUUCUGUCCGACCGACACCCAGUGGCAGAUCGGGACCGUGGCCGUGUUCUUUGCCUGGAUCGACCUCCUCCUGUUCCUCUACAAGCUGCCCAAGAUUGGGAUCUACGUGGGGAUGAUGCUGCAGAUCACACGGCGGUUCCUGAACGUGGUCGUGAUUGCCAUUCUUCUCUCACUGGCCUUUGGCUUGGCCUUCUACAUGGCCUUUUAUGAGCCAUCCAUACCAGCUUCCCCAUUUGCCAACCCGGCCCUGUCGUUUGUGAAGCUGAUGGUAAUGACUGCGGGGGGACCAGACGACGCUAUCUUCAGGUACGAGAACGAGGGGAGUGGAGAACGAGAUGUUCUGCCAUUCCCAGGGGUGGCCUUCUUCAUCUGGAUCAUCUUCAUCGUCAUCAUGGCCAUCCUGUUUGUCAACUUCCUGGUUGGUUUGGCAGUAGAUGAUGUGAAACAGAUUCAACAGAGUGCCACUCUCAGGAGACUCUCCCUCAAGGUGGAUCUGGUACUGAGUACAGAGCAGGCUCUUCCAUUUCUCCGGCAGCACAAGAGGUUUUCCAUCAGGCGGCACGCGGUGUACCCCAACGAGAGACUCAGCUGGCACAGGAGACUGUGGAAGAAGGUCUACUCCCUGGUCUGGGACGAUGACCUCUCCGACAGCAUCCAGGCCUCUCUCAACCCUGACGAGGACACAGAUUUCAAGGUUGACAGUCUGCAGAGGGUAGUGGAGCAGCUUGUGGCAAAGAGUCACUCCCAGGAGAGGAUGUUGAUGGACGUCCUACAGGAGCUGAGGAAACAAAACAAGCAGCAGACGUAAAAAUGGCAAUAAUAUUAUGCCUUGUAGAUUGAAGUUGUAGGUUAGUGUUUUUAAUCAUACACAGUAUAGCCAAAGAUACUGAAUGUCAUUCUCUCAAUGAUGUUAAAUGAAAAGGUAACUUGUUCCAUUGCGAGCAGGUAUUUGGCACAAAUACUAUGA